CAAGAAAAGUAAAACCCGGAAGAAACACAGAAAGUCAGAAACGGAGUCAUGGAGGCGAGGGUUGCAGCAGGAGCGCCCCGAGUCGACGAGGAGUCCGGGCUGCUCCCCCGGCCCCGCGCUCCGGCGGCCGGCGGCCGGCGCCCGCCUUCCUCCUUUGCGGCCGCCCCGCGCCGCGCGCCCCCUCCGCCGCCGGCGAUCUGGGCGACGGUGGACGGGCCCCUGGGGAUGCCGCUGGAGGACGCGGAGGGCCACGCGCGGCGCUUCUUCCUCUGGGGCUUCGCGUGCCUCCCCUUCCUCUGGGCCAUCAACUGCUGCUACUUCUGGCCCGUCCUCCGCUCCCCCAAGGCCUCCUCGCCCGCCGCCUUCGCCCCCAUCCGCCCCUAUGUUGUUAAAUCUGCAAUUGGCUUCACCAUCUUUGCUGCGGUUCUCCUCACAUGGGCCACGACUUUCAUCAUCGGAGGCGAGCGGUUGUUCGGGCCAGUGUGGAAUGAUCUCGUGAUGUACAAUGUCGCAGACAAACUUGGUCUCACCGGAUUCAUGGGUUAGAUUCUGUUGCAGGCAUUGCUUCGUGAAGAGGUCAUGCUUACUCCAGCCAUUUGAUUGCCUCACUUGUAGUAGUAGUGCCAUGUGUUGUUGAUGCUCUGUAAUAUCAGCCACUGGUCAGACUGAAGCCCGUAGAAGCCCGUAUUUAGUAAUUGAGGAUUUUAUAUGUAUAGUUGGGUCAGCCCAAUCCAGGAUGUGCUGAACCUAGGGGGAAAAAAUCAAACUGCUCUUAAAUAUGCUCAUACACUUUCUUUACUU